AAAAACCAAACCCAAACAAACCACCUACUUGGAUAAUUAAAACGGUUUUUGGCAGUUUCUGGUGUUGCUAAGGGGGAUUUUCCUACUUCCAGUCCAAUCCCCAGGCUUCCUGGCACAGAGGCACCUUUUCCAAGGCUAUCCAAAACACAGGAGAUGAACCCCUGCUGCAGAGGAGGAGCACACUGACGCGUCACCUUCACUGUUCUUCCAACAAACUCUUCUGAGAUCAGCUCUCCUUCAAAGCUGCCCUGGUAACUGCUACGGGUAAAGAUCACCUUUAAAAGGGAACAUGGAUUUAAUAAACUCAACUGAACAGAACAGUACAUCAGAAGAACUGUUCAAAUGGGUGACAUCCAAGAUUCUCAUUUCCAUUACCCUGUCUGUGCUUGCACUAAUGACAACAGCCAUCAAUUCUCUUGUGAUGACUGCAAUAAUUGUGACAAGAAAGCUCCACCACCCUGCCAACUAUUUAAUCUGCUCUCUUGCAGUGACUGAUUUCCUUGUGGCAGUCCUAGUGAUGCCUUUCAGCAUUGUCUACAUUGUAAAGGAGACCUGGAUCAUGGGGCAAGUGGUGUGUGACAUUUGGCUGAGCGUGGACAUUACUUGCUGCACAUGUUCCAUCUUGCAUCUCUCUGCCAUUGCUUUGGACCGGUACAGAGCAAUCACAGACGCUGUGGAAUAUGCACGGAAAAGGACACCUAAGCAUGCUGGCAUCAUGAUUGCAGUGGUAUGGAUCAUAUCCAUUUUUAUCUCCAUGCCGCCUUUGUUCUGGCGGCACCAGACAACCAGCAGGGAUGACGAAUGCAUCAUCAAACAUGACCACAUUGUUUUCACCAUUUACUCUACAUUUGGCGCCUUCUAUAUCCCGCUGGCCUUGAUUCUGAUCCUUUAUUACAAGAUAUACAAGGCAGCCAAGACAUUUCACAGAAGAAGCGUCAGCCGGAUUGUAAGGGAAGAGGUAAAUGGACAAGUGCUUUUGGACGCAGGUGAAAGAAGCACCAAAUCAGCUUCAAUGCCCAGCACAGCGGAGAAGACAUCAGAUCCCCUGGUAGACUGCGAUAAAAUCAAUAUCACCCUACGGAGUCCCAGGUCUGAAUCUAAGCACGAGAAGUCCUGGAAAAAACAGAGAAUUUCUAGCACAAGAGAGAGAAAGGCAGCAACUACUCUGGGUCUGAUCUUGGGGGCAUUUGUGAUCUGCUGGCUCCCUUUUUUUGUAAAAGAAGUAGUUGUUAAUACCUGUGAAAGAUGUUACAUCUCAGAAGACAUGUCUAAUUUCCUAGCAUGGUUGGGAUAUAUAAAUUCCCUUAUUAACCCUCUAAUCUACACAAUCUUUAAUGAAGAUUUCAAGAAAGCCUUCCAGAAGCUUGUGCGGUGUAGGCAAUAUCUUUAAGAGCUUUUGUUCAUGUAAGGAGAAUAUACUAAUUGUUUUUUUAACCUGUAUAAAUUUAUAUAACUGAGGUGACAUUUGUUGUAUUUAAGGAAAAGCACCAAGACUCUGUAUUUACAUUACGACUUUUUUGUAUCAGUAGUACUGGGAGCAUAAAUUGCCCAGGUUUUAAGAGAUGGAUCAUAUGGGAUCAGUUUUGCUCUGGAAAAAAGAGGUAGCAUAUUGUGGCUCUGAUCCAGUUGGGAUUUGCACAGCUGCCUAGCUUGAAGCAUAAGGUAUUACCUUAAAUAUGAAGGAAAUAUACACUUGAAGUAGACAAAGAAAGAAAUUUUUUUUUUUUUUUUUUUUCAGAAAAAGGCAAAUAACUCUCAGUCAUCAAUGAAAUUUUAAGUAAAACAACACACAGGUUUUAAACCCUAAUCGCAAAUAAGACAGAAAAUGCAACUUGGAAUUAAGACGUGUUUUUAUUAGUUUGGCACAGGCCUGCAGCAUAGAGCCAAGCCAUUCCCAGCGAAGGGUAGUAGCUUUAAACAUAUCUAGCAUCAUCCUAUGUUGAUUAGCUGCAGCUGCAGCCCUGCCUUCUCCCAGAGAUGAAAACUUCCCUGUGUUAUGCCCUUGUAGCAGCCCAGCAGCAGGCAAGGCACUUCCAUGGGUUACCAUUUUCAUAGCGAGCCAUUGCUUACCCAUGACAGAUGUGGACAUAGCCCCAAGAGAGACAGCCAGACAGUUGGGGCACCCCCAGUGAGCUGGGUACAUGUAGUGCCCGGUGCUCUGAGACACCGCUUCAGUAGGGACUAGGGAGAGUUAAGCUCAUAAAGAGCAGCUGGUCCUUAUGGAGAUGUUAGAGGGGAUGAGAUACUCCUUUCUUCAUGUCCUCAUUCCUACCUCACACACCUGGCCAGGUAUGGCCCCAGGGACUUUCUCAGUACCAAAUCCAGCCACACAGUUUGUGUCAGGGCCCCCCGGAGCAUUGAUGAUGGUGUGUGGCUUAGUGAGGUUUGGUUGAGGGUCACCUAAUGAAACACUUGGGCUGACAGCUCUGGCUCAGUAUGUUCAGCCCUUCACCCCCAGCAGCCUGAUGUCCUCCAAGUCCUUUCUCGACUGCCUGAAGCAUUAGGGCUGUGCACCCUUUUUCCAGGCAUGUGAGAAAGCGGAGACUGACCACAGUGCUGGCAGCGUGGCUCUCUGGAAAAGGCUGUGCAGCAGCUUCUCCAGGAAGGGCAGGGGGGGCGACCCAGUCUGCAGUGCACACCUCGGCAGGGAAUUCUGUGGGAUGCUCACUGCCUGUCACCUCUAAACCCCUCCUUCCCCCAGAGCAUCCAUCCCCCAGUUCCAUGUCCCCAGUCCCAGCAGAGCUAAAAAGACCUUGUAGGCACUUCAGCCAGCGCUGGCAGCUGGUUCUGUCAAAGAUAACCACAAUGAACAAAUCCCUUUGUGGGCUGCCUUCUAAGGUCUCAAAGAUGCCCCCUUGGCCAAUCUUGAUUUACAUGCUCUAGAUGCCAAACCACAGCCCUAAUGAGUGCAAGAAUACCUCUCUCCUCAAAAGCAGCAGUGCAAGUUUGCCAACAGCUAAAGGUACUAACGGAGCAGUGGGCUUUUACCCCUGAGUGCAGAUGAGUCGCUAAGAGCCACAUCUAAGCCCGGGGAUGGGCUGUGCACUUUUCAGGACAAACAGAUUCAGGCUGUGUCACUAAGACCCCGGCUUUGAAUUCAUUGCCAGCCAUUCAACGCUGUCUAGGAGGAAUCGGGAUUUGAGGCUCCUUACAGGAGCAAGCACUAUUGUCAUCAGCAGCAGCCUCCUGCAAAGGCACUCUGAUUUGGCACAUGGGCCAGCAGCUUAGGGACAUCAAAAAGAAGCUGAGACAUGAGAUCACUAUGCACACCUGUAGUUUGGGAAAGCUAUUACCAGUGUUUGCAGUUGUUCUUCCAAGAGACUCUCAGCGGUUUGCAUUAGACAAGAAAACCCAGAGAGAAGCCAUCACUGUUGUUUCUCUCUCCCCCUCUCACUCCCAUGUAUUACAAGCGCUGGAAUUCCAUAAUUUUUGUAUUUCACUCACUAGCUACCAGCUGACACAACAGCUGUCUGAGGUGUUUCUUGCAAGAUGACAAGGUCUGAAAUCUGAGAUAUUUAACUAAUUUGUUUCUGUCACUUACGACUUACUGUAUUCUGCUUUCACGUCAAGGUCCAAAUGAGAAGCUAUUCAGAAGUACUAGGAACAGUGCACUUGCUUUAAUUUUGCUUGAUUUUAACCCAGCCAGGAAUCUAAUGGAAAGCUCACUUGUCAUGCCAUGUAGCUCUAGCGCAGCAGUAGCACAGAUACAUUUUGAAGAUACUAGGAUGCGACAGAAUGGAAUUUGGCUCAUGCUCAGUGCAAGCUAGCGUACUUUACUACCAUUGCAGUCAGAGCACAGCCUCUGCAGCCCCCUGACCUUGACAAUGGCUGUAUUAUGCUGAAAGAAAAAAAAAACUGCUUUAAACAUCAGCUGUGCUCUACUGUCUCCAGAAAGAGCCGUGGAAUUCAGCUUUGUAAAAGGAUUAGCAGAAGGCAGCAAAGAAACCCCCACUGAAACAUUUAAGAUUGAAGACCUCUGUUUCCCACGUUUCCUGACUACUGAGUCAUAACAUUGGAUUUGUAGGGGCAGGGCUUCCUCCCCUGCUUCUCCCUUUAUGACUACUGGAGGGUAGAGUAUAUUGUUUAUCCUCUUACAUGUAAGAAGUUUGACAAUAUUUUGUGAAAUCAAAUUGGAAAAAAAACCAGGAGAUGCUUUCGAGGAGAAAAGAUACUUAAAAUACUCAUAUUUAAAUAAUAAUGGAUUAAACUCAAAGAAUGGAACGAUAUGUAGAUAAACAGAAAAUAGCUGUCAUUUAUGCAUUGUUAACAGUAUUAUACUCUGAAUCUAAUUAAGCUGCUAAACAUUUCUCAAGAUGCAGGGUGGUUUCUUUUGUAUCAUUUUCACUGAGCUGUAUCUGCUCACCCUUCAACACCCCAGUGGUGGAAGAUGCAACUACAAGAAAUCUAAGCA